AUAGAUGUAAAGGCAAAAACAAAUUUAAACAUAGAUAUUGAGCAUUUAAAUAGAUCAGACAAACUAAUAGUAGCCAAAAAAAUGGGACCACCAUGUAAGUUAAGUUGUAGAUUAAAAUGUGUAGACAAAGUUAGUGAUGAGAUCCGGAAAAUAUUGUUUGCUGGUUAUUUGGCGAUAGAAGACCACAGUAGGCAGUGGGACUUCAUAGCCAGAUAUGUAAAAGUAAGCAAUAAACAAGAAGGAUCUGUAAUUUCAAGACAAUGCUCAAAAAAAUAUUACUUACCUAUACCAAAUAAUAAUACAGAAAUUCAAGUAUGUAAAACUAUGUUCUUAAGAACAUUUUCAAUAUCAGAAAAGGUUGUUCAAACAGUUUGUUUAAAACUUCAAAAUUUGCCAGCUUUUAUGGCUGAUAGAAGAGGUAAACACACAAACAGACCUGCCAGAAUUAGUGAUGAAGUUAAAGAAUGUAUAAAUGACCAUAUUUCAUCAUUUCCAAUUGUUGAAUCACAUUAUACUAGAGAUCGCACAAUGAAAAAAUUCUUGGACUCAGAUCUUAAUAUUUCCAAAAUGUACCAAUAUGUUUAAAGAAUGGGUGACAGAAAAAAUAGUAUGUCAAGUUGCCAAAAAUGCAACUUUUAGACAAUAUAGUGACAUUUUUAAUAAUCACAGUAAUAUCAGAUUCUUUAAGCCUAAGAAUGAUUUAUGUGAUCAGUGUGAAAAAUAUAAGCUAUCAACAACCGAAGAAAAAGAAGCACAGUAAACAAGAUAUGACCUGUAUUUAAUGAAUAAAAAUAUAGUUAGGAUAAUUAAAAAUUCAGAUUAGGAACGUACAAUACUUGAUCCUAAACUGUGUGUAGCAUCUUUUAAUUUGCAAAAAGUUUUAACUACACCACAAGGAGAUACAAGCAGUUUUUAUUAUAAAUUAUUAUAAAGUUUGCUACCUAUAAUUUAACCGUAUACGACAUAGGAAAAAAGUUAGGGUAUUGUUUCACAUGGAAUGAAUCUGAGGCCAAAAGGGGUGCAAACAAAAUUGCCACUUGCUUGAUAAAAUGUAUGACUUCAUUAAAGCAAAAAUAUGGUACAGCAGAAUUUAUUUUUUACUCCGACAAUUGUGGUGGGCAAAAUCGGAAUAGAUUCAUGUUUAGUAUGUGGAAGUAUGCUUCAUUCUCUUUAAAAGUAAAAUAACCCAUAGAUUUCUUGAGAAAGGACAUAUCCAGACCGAAGGAGAUAGUAUGCAUGCCUGCGUAGAGAAAUCAAAAAAGGGAACAUUGAUUUAUGUCCCUUUGUAAUGGGUGACGUUAAUCAGGUGCGCUUAAGUUAUAGGUAAUCCAUAUGUGGUAAACGAAAUGGCAAAUGAAGAGCUUUUAAACUUUAAACUAAUUGUUGAAGACAAAUCUUACAAUUGGAAAUUUGCAGUUGAUGGAAGCCUGAUUAAAUGGAAUCAAAUCAAAGAGUUAACAGUCACCUCUGAAAAACCAUUCAUCUUAAAUAUAAAAUAAAAUCUUACAUUAAAUAAUUUUAUUACAAUGGAUUUAAAAAAUAAAAAGCGAAUUGGUAGACAUCAGACUCGAAAUAUACCAACACAAGCUUACAGUGAAAAAAUUCCUAUAGAAAAAGCAAAGCUCCAAGAUAUGUUGUCAUUGUAUGAAAUGGGCCUUGUCCCAUUAACUUACCAUGAUUUUUAUAAAUCUUUUAAUUUUAAGUAGUAAGUAAUUGUAUUCACGGAUAACUUUGUUUUAAUGUUAAAAGUAUUUUUUUUUAUAAACAAUAAUAAU